UAUGGCCGUGUUAGGGCCGUGCGUGAGUGUAAAUAUGAAUGGGCACAAUAAUAUUCAUAGUCAAUUAACAAAGUCUUUGGAAAGAAUUCUAGAAGAUGCUUAUUUGAGUGGUGAACUAAAAUUAAGUGGUCGUAAGUUGAAAGAGUUUCCGAAACCAGUGAAAUUUGAUUUGAGCGAUACAGUCAUUGCUGAUUUGUCUAAAAACCGGUUUAGUGAUGUGCCCGAUGAAGUGACCACGUACGUGUAUUUGGAAAAGUUGUUGCUGUCACAGAAUGUCAUCAGAAACGUACCCGAUGCUGUCGGCGGGCUCCAGAGUCUUACUUACCUAGAUCUAAGUUCAAACCAGCUGACAGAGCUGCCGCGGGAGAUAUGUCAGAUGCCGUUACAAGUUCUACUAGUCCAAGACAACUUGCUGUCGACCCUGCCGAAGGAGAUUGGCAAGAUGACGUCACUUGCCGAGCUGGACGCGUCAAACAACAGACUGACGCAAGUGCCAAUGACGUUAGGAGACUGCGCUGGAAUGAGAGCCCUAGAUCUGAGCAAUAAUCAGCUGGGAUUACUGCCUUUACAAAUCACAUACCUUCGAUUAGAACACCUGGACGUGAGCUGCAACUGUAUCUCGUCACUGCCGCUAGAACUGCGCAAUAUGACCACGCUCGUCACACUCAACCUGGACAACAACCCGCUUGUCUCACCUCCCACUACUGUAUGCAUGCGCGGGCGCGUGCACAUAUUCAAAUAUCUGGAGAACAUGGCGAAUAAGGACACAUUGCCGCACAGAAGGGUGGACGAGACCAGAAGGACUGCCAAACACAGUUCGUUCCUCAACAACACUCCGAACCAGCAUCAGAUAGUGUCGGGAAAUGCCACUAUAGACUGCCUCCGACACAAGCCUAGGCAUGUUGUCGACAGUGGAUACUGCACUGAUGGGGUUGACAAGAGGUGGUCUAAUGAUGCGGCGGGUGAGGCGGGGGGCGGUGGCUCGGGGCGCUCGACGCCUUCCACGCCGUCCACGCUGUCCCCCGGCGCGGCGCUGUCGCGGGCGCAGUCGCUCUCAAGCGAGUCGCCGCUGGCGCCGCCGCUCACGCCGCUACUCUCCGGCCUCCGUAUAUCACCUGAAGGGAACUUGAAUGGCGACGAUAAGAGUAAAUUAGCCCAUCAACAAACGUACAGACAAUACAAAGAAGCCUUAAGACAGCAGCGGACGCAAGACAUCUACCGCCCCCGCACCGACCAGAACUCCCCAGAGCUGGAUUCGUCCCCACACUCCCAAAACCAAAGCCCUGUACACCAACACUCCCCAAUCAACGGCUACAGUAACGUAUCCCCUAGUCUUUACCGCCCCUUAUCUUCCAAUUCCCCUUCACAAGUGCCAAAUUCCCCCCUCCUACACUCAACCCCAAGAAGAUUCCAACAGAACGGCAACGCAGAAAAACAAGAAGAAAACAAAAGGCCGGUCCAAAAAGUCGUGCCUUCGCGUAACGUGAACAAAAUCUACUCGGCUGUCAACGGGAAUGUGGAUUAUAAGGUCAACGGCGACACGUAUAUAAAGCCGACAUCGCCCACCAAAUCGCCGACUAAUACAUUAGGGUAUAACAGUAUAGCAAAAUCUGUUCCGAGGCAGAACGGGGAUGGUAAACUUCUUACGACGGUGUCGUAUUUGAAAGGUGCGGCUCCGAAACCUCCUGGGAAGAUGGCGUGGAACAAGGACGGGACGCUGGACAAACUCAGCUUCACUAUGAAGAGGGAAUUCGAUAAACAGAAGGAAGAGACUGAGCUGCUCGAACAGUUGCGGACGAUAAUAGAAACCCGCCUGAAGAUGUCGCUACCGGAGCACCUGGCUCCAGUGCUGGCGGACGGCGUGGUGCUAUGCCACCUGGCCAACCACGUGCGGCCGCGCUCCGUCGCAUCCGUGCACGUACCGUCGCCGGCGCAGGUAAAUGACAAACCCAAGUUAACAAUGGCGAGAUGCAGACGAAACGUCGAUAACUUCUUGGAGGCCUGUCGAAGAAUCGGAGUGGAAGAGGAGUUCAUCUGUUCGCCCGAAGACAUACUGGGGAUGGAGCGUGACCCCGUCGCGCUCGCUUGCACAGUGCGACACCUCCUCACACACGCCACCAGUCACCGCUCUAAGGAUAACACGACCCAGCACUCGCAGGAAGACAUAACCAGCGAUUACGCGAGCGAAACGGAAACCUCUAUAGAAGUCAACUAUUACCACCGCAAACGCCACUACGAAGACAGAUUCAUAAGCAACUUCAACUACUCGGAUCAUACGAACUACACGAUAGAUGAAUCCGAAGAGUACCAAAGCUAUGACAACAACAAUUCCGAUCUGAUACAAAACGCGCACUAUUCGCCUGUCUACGGGACCAACGAGUUGAGAAACAGAGGACCGUAUUACCAGACCAAUAGGAUACAGUUUGUCACGCCGUUCUGCAAAGGAGAUAACGUGUUAACAAGCGAUAAUUUCGAAAUAUACGACACAGACGAGGUAGAUUUUCCGUUAGUUCAAGAAGAAAACAUAGAGAGAUACGAUAGGAGUAAAAUGAAUCUUGAAAUAGAGAACAAUUUAAACAGGGAUUUGAAUAUAGAGACUGAUGCCCCGAAGAGUGAUGAAAUCAAGAUGCUAUAUACUUGUCUAUGCCUUGGCACGUUUUUCGUGUCUGCGAUCAUACUUAUAAUGUACCCUUUGUAAUAAGUAAAGAUUUUACUUACUUAAAAACAGUGCAAAAUUAUGGGCGAUCUUCGGGUAAAGGCUUUUUAAUAUAAAAUUUUAGACAAAAUGUGUAUUUUGCCCUAAUCCAUUGCAUUUAUUCCUUGCUUACUCGCCAUAACUGCCAGAGAAGACCUUGAAUUUGAAACUUGUCUUGCAUUAGCAUUUGUAAUCUACUU